CGCUCAUUGGAAGAGUAGGCUGCGAGAGGUAGGACGGCGCGAAGAAGCGUGUGGAGCGCGGUCUAGAUCGCCAUGGAGACACACUUAAGGGAACUCACACCGGAGAAUGCAAAGCAGGCUCCACUCAGGUGAGCCCAGCACACACGGGCCUCUGACCGUAUCCGGCGCCGUCACCCCAGAGAGGUCUCUUCAGAUGCAUCUGUGUGUGGAUUGAGUCCUAGGUUCUGAGUUACCGAACAGUUGCCCGGACAGAAGCGCCACCUUAGACGUCUCUCAGUGCUGUUCCUGGUGCAGUGAAGCCUCUCCAGGCUCAGGGCUGACGGUGUGGCCCUGUCACAAAGGGAACCGCGCACCCGGGCUCGGUCACUCUGCUGCACUCGGCUCCCGGGCUGCUCGAGGGGACGACAAGCACGUCAGAAUUCGUGUCCCUGGGCGUUCGUCCAUCUCUAUGGUCACCCCAUUGAAAAAAUGGAUUUGGAUCAGUUGGACCUGAAUCCUAGAAUUAUUGCUGCAGUUAAGAAAGCCAAACUGAGGUCAGUAAAGGAGGUUCUGCAUCUUUCUGGACCAGACCUGCAGAGGCUGACCCGCCUCUCCGGCCCCGACGUGCAGCGCUUGUUGAGGGCGGCCUCCUCACACCUGCGGGGAAGCGGCGUCUGCACAGCGCUCCAGCUGCUGCGGCAGAAGGAGCAGUUCCCCGAGCAGCACCAGCGCCUGAGCCUGGGCUGCCCCGUGCUGGACGGGCUCCUCCGCGGCGGGCUGCCCCUGGACGGCAUCACCGAGCUGGCCGGACGCAGCUCCGCCGGGAAGACCCAGCUGGCGCUGCAACUCUGCUUGGCCGUGCAGCUCCCGCGGCGACACGGAGGCCUGGGGGCCGGGGCCGUGUUCGUGUGCACAGAGGACGCCUUCCCCAGCCGGCGUCUGCAGCAGCUCAUCGCUCAGCAGCAGUGCCUGCGGACAGACGUCCCAGGGGACGUGGUCAGGAAAAUCCAGUUUGGCCACCAGAUCUUCAUCGAGCACGCAGCCGACGUGGACACCCUGCUGGAGUGUGUGCGUGAGAAGGUGCCUGUGCUGCUGUCGCGGGGCAUGGCCCGCCUGGUGGUCAUCGACUCCGUGGCAGCCCCGUUCCGUUGUGAGUUCGACCAGGCGGCCUCGGCCCUCAGGGCCCGGCGUCUGCAGGCGCUGGGGGCCGAGCUGCGCCGGCUGAGCUGCACCUUCCGGAGCCCCGUGCUGUGCGUCAACCAGGUGGGCCCCCUCCGCCCGCGGGGAGGGCAAGGCCAGGGGGGCCGGGUCCUCACCGCCGCUGACCCCGAUCUGGACCCUCCAGGUGACGGAAUUCGCGGAGGAGCGGGGUGUGGCAGCCGGGCCGCCGGGGUGAGUGGGGCGCCCGAGGGCAGGGGCGGCGGGACCCGCGGUUCCACACGCAGCACAGGACAGUCGGCUGUUUUCUGUCUCAGUGUCGGGGGAGAGCGGGUGUCUCCGGCCCUGGGAAUAACCUGGUCCAACCAGCUCCUGGUGAGGCUGAUGGCCGACCGGCAGCGCCCCGAGGAGGCCGCCUCCGCCCCGCCCCGCCGCACCCUGAGGGUGGUCUCCGCCCCCCACCUGCCGCCCUCGUCCUGUUCCUACACGGUCACCGCUGAGGGUGUGCGGGGGACGCCUGGGACCGAGUCCUGCUGACGUGUCACCCUCCCCCUGGUUAGGGUCCCCUCAGGUACCAGGGGCUGCAAGAAGCGCCCAGCAUCCAUAGCCCCUCCGCCCCAGGCCCACGUUAGCUCCUGCCCGGAUGCCGGCCCCCCGGCCCCAGCCCGACCCCGCAAGGCUGCACAUCCCCUUCCCAAAGCUCCCAACACCCACGCCUCGGGCCGCGGCGGGCCAAGGUCAGACGAGCGCCCACUGGCCCUCCUCACCCCGUGGUCGGGCUGUCAGCUCCUGGCCGCCAGCACACCCCCGGGCCCCGGUCUGGCACAGGGUGGAGAACACACGGCAGGCCAGGCCGCAGGGUCCGGGAGAGGCAUCGGAGCGGGGAGAUGUGCCUUGUGCGCUGCCCCUGCCACCAGCCCGGCCACCAGCCCCAGCGGGCGCCAGCAGCCGCGGCGCCGGCUUGGCCCAUCGGCCGGGAAACCCGUUCUGGGCAGACGAGAACUAUUCUAAAAGGAGAGCACAUCCCGCUGUGCCCUCAGUGCCUCCUCCAAGGCUGGCCACGGUGGCCGGGACCUCAGCCCUGGCCUGGGGGGGGGGCGUCCACUCUGGCAGGGCGCUCCCGCACCGUGUGCAUAGAACUCGGGACCUCCCAUAGGCCAGGGUCCUGCUGCAUCUGGCCACAAACGCCAGAAUCUGAGCAUCUGUUCGUGGCAGCACAAGGCCCCACGGCCACCAAGGGACGUGACUGCCCAGUUCCGGCAGGGCUGCGCCGCCUUCGCCCCCAUCAUCACCCUGCCUCUGCCCCCUCCCCACUGCUGCCCGGCACAGAGCAGCCCCGGCCGGACAGACGUGCCGGUGAAGGCACCUGCAGCCCCUGGACCCGCACCAGCGCUUGCUCUGUGCCAGGCACUGUCCUGAGGACUCAUACACGUGACAUCUGUCCUCACAGCCCUGGGGUGGCCCUGUCACUCCACUUUCAGUGCCGUGGCCACCCUCCCACAGCUCCAGGAGCUAGACACUGGUCCCAGGCUCCCACGGGCUCACUGGGGUGGGGCGGUAGAUCCCUGUCCCGGGGCACACGCUCUGUGCACGUCAUUCUAGGACGGGAUGACCCAUUUACAGUUUUCGUCCUGUUUUCAAAGUAGUCCGUGACCCUAAAAAGACUGGGUGCCUAAUGUCAAACAGGAAAAGGGUCUAAAUUUUAGGGUUGGAGUUUUACAAAAGAGCCUUUCCGCAAACGUACAGGGACUUUACAACAGGAAAUAAAACUUUAUUUUUGUAAGUAAAUAUAAACAGUUCCACAUGAUUUCCUAGGCAAGUCACACCAACAGUGAGAAAAGAAAAAAAACUGUUGCUCCAAGACAAAAGGUAUGUUUCAUGGCCACCCCCCUGCAGAGGUGCAGACCGGCACAAGUGCACCCACGUUCGGCCUCUGGGCAGCUGCACCUGCCCACCAGGCAGACAGGCCGUCCUGGGGGUGCUCACCCACCAAGGGCCAUAGGACUUUGCAGUGGGGUUUUCUCUCUGUGUCUCAGAAACACCAAGUCCCAAAGGAGUGUCCACCCUACCUCUCCCUGGCCUCAGCCAAUCCCAUCCCCCAGAGCACGCCCCACGGACAAUCGGAUGGUCCUCACAGGCCUGUGACCCCCGAGGGGUAGCGCCACACCACUGUAUAAACCACCUGAGUCCUCCUGUCGUGCUGGAGAACUAAGCGGAAACUGUGCACGUGUCUUUAUGCAUCAGCCCAAUUACACGAGGAGGCAUCUGCAGGACGAUGCUCGCUUAGCUCAUUUGAACUUCACCUUUGGUUGGUGCUAUCCGGUGCUGCUUUAGUUUCCAGAUAUCCCAUGAUUACACAAUGCAGUGUUCAAACAUAUCAAAAGUUGGCCUCGUACAGAUGUAACAUGCCUUCCCCAGAACAUUCUAUGAAGUUAUAACAAUGAGUGCUACAAACUAAACUCUGAAUCCUUAGCAAUACUUAUACUUUACUGUAAAGGCAAUAACUAAUUACAUGAUAUCCCUAGCAGCCUUCUGACCAAACAAAUAAUAGGAACUUUUUUUAAGUUUCAGAAAAUAACUGAACCCCUGCAGCAUGGGAAUGGCCUCUCCCCCUGGGGAGGAGCAGGAGGGUCAGGAGGCCCAGCUCUCCACGACCUCUGCCCUCAGACACUCAACGGCGACCCUCAGCCCCUCCACUGCCCGUCCGUCCUCUGGCCAGGGGAGUCUAACUUGAUAGAAACAGUGUAGAAAUGGGGGCUGGCCCCCUAGGGUCCCCUCACCAGGAAAGGAAGAGGGAGGGCUGGACUUCCCCCUCCCCCCCCAACUGCUCUCUCCGAGAAUGUUAAAAUCCUGACUACCAGACUGGAAGUAGGUUACAACCUGGCUUCUCUCCAUUUUGAUACAAGUUCAAAAAUCAGAAACUGCUGACUCCCCGGUAGCAUUCCCUCUGAGACACGAAGGCCUUUACAACCCAGCUUCAAGAAGGCCCUUGAGCCUUACACCAAAUGCUGUCUCCAUGUGGCCUUACAAAGGCCACCACAACCCUCGGGGAACCAGGGCCAGAGGGCUCAAAGCCAGACAAGGUUCAACUAAGGCCCCUGCAAAGAAGGUCUCUUUUCACCAACUGGAAGCUUAAAAUUAAAUUCUAUUCUCAGCCCCAUGUUUAUUCUUUCUAAAUGCCCUUUGUUUUUCCAGAGACAACUGUCACUAAGGGAAACCGAGUGGGUUUCAGGUGUCCUGUAUCAGCUCUGUGG